AUGAAUACUGUUUUUGGUCAAAAUUAUUUUUUAUCUCAGGGGGGUAAACACCUUAGUUACGAGGACCGGCAACAGAAACCAGUAACCUGGGGGUUUGGGUGGCGAACCGGACAAGACUCUAACAGGCUAUGGUCACUUUGGCGGCAACACAUCAAAUUCAGAUGUAACCUUGCCCUUUCUAGCUUCUUCCUCCAUUUUCUUUCCCAGGCAUUGAUUACCGGACCAGUAGAUACGCCGUACGCAAACGGUUGUUUUGUCUUUGACAUUUUCGCUCCCAUCGACUAUCCGAACUCACCGCCCCAGUUUCAUCUGUUAACCACCGGAAAUGGGACGGUCCGUUUCAAUCCCAAUUUGUAUCAAAAUGGGAUGGUGUGUCUAUCUAUCCUAAACACGUGGCAAGGAGCACCAGAGGAGAAAUGGGAUCCGACCACCUCUUCGCUUCUUCAGGUUCUCAUCUCAAUUCAGUCGUUGAUUUUCGUCCCCGAGCCGUAUUUCAAUGAACCUGGCAUGGAAUCCGCUUUUGACCAUGUAGAACUGAUGCACGAUAGCAAGUUGUACAAUUUAGAGACCCGGAAAGCAACUGUUCGGUGGGCAAUACUGGAGCAAAUGCGUAAUCCACCUGCCGGAUUCGAAGCGGUAAGUGUCUUAUACUCAUCAGAUAUUGUAAUGAUGAUUCUGGUUCUUAGUAUCAUUCUGCGCCUUUCCCCCGGUGCUGGUCAAGUUUACAUCCGAUUCAUCGAAGUGACCAACACAAAAAAUCGCUGUGGAAACACAUGA